UUGCUAAUAAUUCACAUUUCACUUUCCACUCUCUUUCUUCUUUAGUUCUUUUUUGGAAUUGUCUCCUUCUCGUUGACUCCAAAUUAGUCUUAAGCUUAAUUUGUUUUGAAGAGUGUGCCAAAUGGCUGAAAGUGUACAAUACUUUGAAUUGAAUACUGGAGCCAAGAUUCCGUCAGUGGGUUUAGGUACGGGGGGGUCUGAUCCUGGUCUCGUUGGCCAAGCUGUUGAGACUGCCAUCAAGGUUGGAUACCGUCAUAUUGAUUGUGCUCAAGUUUAUGGCAAUGAAAAGGAGAUUGGCGAAGUUCUGAAGAGGCUUUUCAAUGAUGGUGUUGUCAAGAGGGAAGAUCUCUUUAUUACAUCCAAACUCUGGUGCACUGAUCAUGCACCUGAAGAUGUACCGGUGGCAUUUACGAAAACUCUAGAUGAUCUGCAACUCGACUACAUUGAUUUGUACCUCAUUCACUGGCCUAUCCGGAUGAAGAAUGCUGCCGAUCACUUUAAACCUGAAAAUCUGUUUCCAGCAGAUAUACCAAGCACAUGGCAAGCAAUGGAGAAACUUUAUGAUUCGAGGAAGGCUAGAGCUAUUGGGGUUAGCAAUUUCUCUACUAAAAAACUCGGAUAUCUUCUCGAAACAGCUCGUAUUCCUCCCGCUGUUAACCAAGUGGAGUGUCAUCCUACAUGUCAGCGGACAAAAUUAAAGGAAUUAUGCCAAUCCAGGGGAGUGCACCUCUCUGGCUAUUCACCGCUCGGUUCUCCUGGUUUAGUAUUCCUUAAGGGUGAUGAGGUCCUGAAGCAGCCUGUUGUUGUCUCAGUUGCUGAGAAAUUGGGAAAGACUCCGGCUCAGGUUUGUCUUCGUUGGGGUGUGCAGAUGGGUCAUAGUGUACUUCCUAAAAGCACACAUGAAUCAAGGAUCAAAGAGAAUUUUGAUAUUUUUGACUGGUCCAUACCUGAUGACUUGUUCACCGAGUUCUCUGAAAUUCAGCAGGCAAGUUGUUUAUGCUUUCCUUCUUAUUCAAUACCUGUUGGACUGCCGGCCAGCCUGUUUAGAGUCACUCCAUUUGCGAAAACUCUUGCAGAGAUAUUGGAUGGCAAGGCCUUUCCGAACAGUCACCAACCUGUUCUGAACAGUUUCUACGCGGAGUUUAAUAACAGGCCCGAGGAAGCGCUCUCUAAUUUUUUCCUUCAUGAGGGCUCAAGUCAGGGAUCUCUGCAAAAAAAUGCUCAUGAUCUUGAAGGAUUAACAAUUGAUUUGGGAUCAAAUAUGGCCAAAACAGUAACUAAUAAGUGUUCAGCACUGUUGCGAAGUGAAAAGGAUCCAAAUAUUAAAGCUGCUUUGGGCUCUUGUACUGGAGCACAUGGUUUGCUAAAUUUGGAUUUUGAUAGCAUAAGAGAAGCUGUUCAAUCUGGAGGAAAUAUAGAUAAACAAGGAGCAGAUGCUAGAGUAGCUGUUUUAAAGUGCAACCAUGACUUUGAUGACAAGAAAUUGACAUCCCCUCUUGCAGAUGACAAUAAUAAUUUGUUGAAUUUCAUUCAGAUUAUCCUUGCCAAUGCUGUGAAUGGACAUGAUUAA